UUAUUAGUAAUGGAGAAGCAAUUUGCCCUUGUGCAAGUUAUCUUCUCAUGUUUCAUUCUCUUCCUCCUCGUAUGUUGUCAAGCCUCCAUUGAUGAAAACUACCGAAUUUCUUCUCUAAAUAGAACCAGCUUUCCACAUGGCUUUAUUUUUGGAGCUGCUUCUUCAUCUUACCAGUAUGAAGGAGGAGCAAAUGAAGGAGGCAGAAAACCAAGUUUGUGGGAUACAUAUACCCACAAACAUCCAGAAAGAAUAGAUGACCGAAGCAAUGGAGAUGUUGCAAUAGAUUCUUAUCACAAAUAUAAAAUUGACAUCCAAUAUUUGAAAGACCUGAACAUGGAUGCUUACAGAAUUUCAAUAGCCUGGCCUAGAAUUAUACCAACUGGAAAGUUAAAGGAUGGCGUGAACAAAGAAGGCAUUCAAUAUUACAACAAUUUAAUAAAUGAAUUGUUAGCUCAAGGUAAAACUCCAUAUGUGACUAUUUUUCAUUGGGAUAUUCCCCAACCAUUGGAAGAUGAGUAUAGCGGUUUCUUGAGUUCCCGCGUUGUGCGAGAUUUCGUAGACUAUGUAGACAUUUGUUUUAAGGAAUUUGGAGAUCGAGUUAAACAUUGGAUUACGCUAAACGAGCCGUGGACAUUUGCUGUGAACGGUUACGCAUCUGGAAUUCUAGCUCCAGGUCGUUGUUCUCCUUUUAUUGCAAACUGUACUGGAGGAAAUUCCGCAAUAGAACCUUAUAAGGUUAUGCAUAACCAACUUCUUGCUCAUGGGGCGGCGGUUAAACUUUACCGCGAUAAAUAUCAAAAAUAUCAAAAUGGAAAGAUUGGAAUUACAAAUGUAUGUCACUGGUUUGAGCCUCUCACCAAAUCAAAGCAAGAUCGGAAAGCUUCGAAGGUAGCUCUUGACUUCAUGUGUGGAUGGGCCACGGAUCCAAUAGUUAAUGGUGAUUAUCCGAAGUCAAUGCGACAUCUUGUUGGCUCGAGACUUCCGAAAUUCACUAGACGACAAUCUUAUUUGUUGAAAGGAUCGUUUGAUUUUAUUGGACUUAAUUAUUACACAACAAAUUAUGCAAGUAAAGCACACAAGAACAAUAAUGGUCUUUUGAGUUAUUCAACUGAUUCUAAAGUGAAUCUCACUACCCAGCGCAAUGGAAAAGAUAUUGGUCCAAGGUCGGCUUCAGUUUGGCUCUACGUUUAUCCAAAAGGGAUUCGCAAUAUUCUACUAUACUUGAAGAAUAAAUAUAACAAUCCUCUUAUAUAUAUCACUGAAAAUGGAAUUAGCGAAUUAAACAAUGCGACGAUACCACUUGCGGAAGCCCUACAUGAUGAACCGAGGAUUACAUUCUACAAUAGCCAUUUAUUUUACCUCAAAAAAGCAAUUGAGAAAGGAGCAAAUGUAAAAGGUUAUUUUGCUUGGUCUCUAAUGGAUAACUUUGAAUGGAACUCGGGAUAUACAGUUCGUUUUGGCAUAAACUUUGUGGAUUACAAGGACAACUUAAAGAGAUACCCUAAACUUUCUGCCAAAUGGUUUACAAAGUUUCUUAAACCAUGAUUAUUAA